CUCCUUUAUCCGCGUUUUUUGGUGAAAAUAAAGACGGACGUAUUAAACAUCUGAGGGCAGGCGAAAAUAAACGGUGCAUUUUGUGUUCAGGUGUAUUGUCGUCACAACUUUAUCGCAUGAUUUUCUGUCAAUAUUCUUAACGAAGAAACCAGUUUUAUUUAUCGAUUCUUCGUUGUGAGGUUAUGUUAUGAGAAGAAGCUUAGCACCAAGCAGAUUAAAUUGUACAAGAGAGUCACCCAGUGCACCAGAGCCCCCACUGAAAACGUAUAGAACAGCUUUAAAUGAAAAAAAUGUUCCAUGUCACUCCCCAAUUAACUUCAUUAACCCCUUCAGAAAGUCAUUACCUGCAUGCGACUACGCUGAUUCUCACGAAGAUCUUAUUCGCAAUAUUUUAUCAAAGCCUUUUCGAGUCCCAAUUAUUAACUAUAAUGGUAGUCCAAGUGAUGUGAGGGCUUUAGGUGUUCGUCGUAACACGUCUAAAGUUGCUUUACAUGACCCUUUUGAAGAAGGUGCCUUAGUUUUGUACUCACCUCCUGAAGUGACAGCCCAUGAUGCUCUUAAACAGGAAGCGACUAAGCAUUUAGUUCAUGUCGUCGUCGAUCCAAUGUUAUCAAAAAUACUUCGUCCCCAUCAGCGUGAAGGUGUCAAGUUCAUGUAUGAUUGCGUUACUGGUGUGCAAAUACCUAACAAUCAUGGAUGUAUCAUGGCAGAUGAAAUGGGUCUUGGCAAAACACUGCAAUGUAUCACAUUAAUCUGGACAUUAUUGCGUCAAGGUCCAGAAGGCAAACCAAUAAUUGAUAAGGCGGUAGUAGUUACACCUAGUAGCUUACUGCGAAACUGGUACAAUGAGUUUGAAAAAUGGUUGCAUGGGAAGGUACAUCCACUAGCUAUUGAUUCUGGGAGUAAGGAAGAUAUUGAUAAUAAACUAGCUGGUUUUCUUUCUCAAACCGGUCGUCGAAUUCCAUCACCAAUUUUAAUUAUCUCCUACGAAACUUUUCGAUUACAUGCGUCUGUUUUACACAAAAGUUCUGUGGGCCUGGUUCUAUGUGAUGAGGGACAUCGUUUGAAAAAUUCGGAAAAUCAAACAUAUCAAGCACUAGUUCAGUUAAACUGUCCACGUCGUGUACUUCUUUCUGGCACACCAAUUCAGAAUGAUUUGCUUGAAUAUUUUAGUCUAGUACACUUCGUCAAUACGGGAUUGUUAGGUACAGCUAGUGAGUUCAGACGUCGUUUUGAAAUACCGAUUUUGCGUGGACGUGAUGCAGAUGCUACUGAUGAAGAUCAAAAGAAAGGCGAAGAAAUACUACAGGAACUUUUAGGUAUUGUGACACGGUGUAUUAUUCGUCGGACCCAAGCUUUACUCACAAAAUAUUUACCUGUCAAAAUUGAACAAGUAGUUUGCUGCAAUUUAGUUGGAAGUCAGCGUAAAGUGUAUUCAGAUUUUGUUAAACGAAUGGCACAUGAAGUUUCGUUGAGAAUGAACACCAUAGAUGAUUCACGUAAUGAUAAGUUAUCAGUAUCUAGUUUGGCGUCGAUAACACACUUAAAGAAGUUAUGUAAUCAUCCGGAUCUUGUAUAUGAGAAGAUGUUUACAAAUACCGAUGGGUUUUAUAAUGCCCUUAGUUAUUUUCCCGCUGAUUAUCAAAGUUCACUUGAAUCUAAAGCUGCUGUAAAACCUGAAUUAUCUGGUAAAUUUCAAGUUCUUGAUUAUCUUUUGGCUGUAAUUAAAGCAACAUCGUCUGAUAAAGUUGUUCUCAUUUCAAAUUAUACUCAAACAUUGGAUCUUUUCGAACGUUUAUGUCUUCAAAGAGGGUAUAAUUUUGUACGACUGGACGGUUCGAUGACAAUAAAAAAACGAGCUAAAGUUGUCGAACAGUUUAAUGAUCCAACCUCACGUGAUUUUGUCUUUAUGUUAAGCAGUAAAGCUGGUGGCUGUGGUCUUAAUUUGAUUGGUGCUAAUCGUCUCGUUAUGUUUGAUCCUGACUGGAAUCCAGCUAAUGAUGAUCAGGCAAUGGCACGUGUAUGGCGUGAUGGUCAGAAGAAACAGUGCUAUAUUUACCGUCUUAUUUCAACAGGUACUAUUGAAGAGAAGAUGCUUCAACGUCAAGCGCAUAAAAAAGCUCUUAGCAGUUGUGUAGUUGAUCAACAGGAGGAAGUUGAGCGUCACUUUAGUCUAGAUGAUUUGAGAGAGCUUUUCAUGUACCAUUCUGAUACUCUAUCGGAUACUCAUGAUAGAUUCAAAUGUCGUCGUUGUGUUAAUUCCGUACAAAUAAAGCCUCCACCAGAGGGGACAGACUGUAAUUCAGACUUUUCACAAUGGAAUCAUUGUUAUACGAAAAAGGCGUUAAAUGAUUCAGUCCUAAAGGCGACUUGGGAUACUGGGUGCAUAUCAUUUGUGUUUUGGCACUAUUCUCAUGAAGAACAACGAAAAACUGUAUAGUGUUGUUAUUGUUGAUUGUAACGUGUAAAUGAUUUUCCUAAUUUUCUACUGGUUUUUUUAUAACAAAUGUGUAAAAUCUACGUGUCCGCAUAAGAUACCAUAUAUUUUGCUCAUCUUAGUU